CCCAUUUCAUUCCAAAUUCCGCAUUCCAAUUGCCAUCCUUCCAUCUGUACGCGCUCAACACAUGGGAGGAGGAGGAGGAGACCACGGAUACCACCACGCCGAUGCGGCCGGUGACUUCCGGUCCAAGGUCUGGACCAUGACCGGCGGACCUAACUGCAGGCCCGUGCAUUGGAAGCGCAAUACCGCCAUCGCCAUGGCUAGAAUCGUCCUCGUUUGCAUUCCGAUUGCUAUGAAAUCCGCACAGCUCGAGCGAUGGGUAGAACUUCCCAUCGCUGUUUGGCAUGGUUCUGGAAAUUGGUUUGGCUAAGGGGCCGCUUACCCAUCGAUGGGAAGAUCUUCCCAUCGCUGGGUGGGUGGUUUAGACAGGAACCCAUGGUUUUUGCCUUAACCACGCCCUAGCCAACCGAUGCGAAAACCGACCGAAAAAUUCAAAGUUCUCCAAAAUAAAAAC